AUGAAGUUCACCCUCGCCGUCCUCGCCGCCCUUUCGGGGCUCGCCUUUGCCGGUCCGGCGCAGGAAGUCGGCUCCUCGUCGCUGUCGCUGUUUCGGCGCUGCCAAAGCUGCUGCCCUGGCGAGUCGCCUCCCGGCAAGUUCUGCGACUGCAACAUCUUUGGCUGCAACUGCGAAUGGUACAGCGGCGGCGGUGUCACCAAGCUGGGCCGACAGGUAAAUACCAGUCCCGAGCUCGUCGCCGGCGGAUCCGUCGUGUCUCGUCACGGCAUGCUAAUGAGAACCGGCAACCUAGUGCUAAGCCGGCCGCCCGAGAGCGGCAGCGGGGACACAGAGGCUAGGGUCGCUUGGCUCCCAGCAGGAGAGAAGGCUUCGGUCGUUGCGCGGAGUUGUCCGCCGGAGUGCAAGCUCGGCCGACGGCGGGCGGGUCGCCCGCGAGGCAAUAUUAGGAAGCUCAAUGCCAUGGCCACUCGACGCAUGCCCUCCUUUCGACUCUCGCCGCCUCGUGAAUGCUCCGUGCUCGUGCUCGUGCUCGUGCUCGUGCUCGUGCCCGUGCCCGUGCUCGUGCCCGUGCCCGUCGGAUGCCUCCGAGGCCAACUCGCCGCGCGACGGCUUGUUUGA